AUGGGUGACUACUGCUCUGACUGGCGCAAUGUAAUUAGUGGUAUUCAACAAGGUUUUAGUUUAGGAUUUCUGCUUUUCGUUAUAUUUAUUAACGAUUUGCCAGAAGUGGCAACAAAUUUUAUAAAGCUUUUUGCUGACGAUACAAAGCCAGUUGCGGUCGUAAAAAACCUAAUGGACAGCGUUUCAUUACAGAAUGAUAUCAAUGCAGUUACGAAAUGGGCUGACGAUUGGCACAUGAAAUUUAAUAAUGAAAAAUCUAAGGUCAUGUAUAUUAGAAAAAAAUCAAAUAAUAACAUUUAUAAACAUAGGUAUACGAUAUAUGUUCAAGAUUUACAUGAACCUAUGGCCGAGCGUGACCUUGGUAUUGUAAUUACAAAUAACUUAGAUUGGGAAAUCCAAUGCCAAAAAACGAAACUAUAUUCUUGA